AUGAAGCGAAAUGUCACUUCACUGACAUCAUCGACGAAUUUGAAAAAUUCUGGGAAAUCGAAGACUUCGGCCACGCAGAGAGCUGACAAUCAGAAGCAGAAGCAGAAGCAGCCUGCCAACGCAUUCUACGCAGCAUGUGUCACGCAAUCCAGAAGGGCGAUACGUAGUAGCACUGCCCUUCAACGAGAAGAAGGAUCAACUUGGUACUUCCUAUCUCCAGGCGAAACGUCGUCUACUCUCAUUGGAACGGAAAUUCAAGUGGAAUCCCAGGCUAGCAGAAGACUACAUCAAGAAGUUGAAGAUGGCUUCUACCUUCCUCAUCACGCAGUGUUUAAGGAGACCAGUCUCACCACCAAAACUAGAGUUGUUUUCGAUGGUUCAGCACGGUCUAGCACCGGAGUCUCGCUCAAUGAAACCCUGAUGGUUGGCCCAACCGUUAAGGAUGAUAUUCUUUCUCUAGUACUGAGAUUCAGACUCCACAAUUACAUUUUUACUGGGGAUAUCGAGAAAAUGUAUCGCCAGGGACUGAUCCGACCAGAGGAUACAAAAUACCAACGAAUUCUGUGGCGAGAACAUGAAACUAUCAAUACGUAUGAGUUACAAUCUGUGACGUUUGGACUCUCCUCCGCUUCGUUCCUUGCAGUCAGAUGCCUGGAUCAAUUGGCUGACGACGAAUCCGAGCAAUAUCCAUUGGCAGCAUCACGACUCAAGAGGGAUCUAUACGUUGAUGAUCUCCUCACUUGGACAUCAACACUUGAAGAAGCCAUACUACGGAAUGAAAUGAUCUGCCUGCUGAGGACAGGCGGUUUUGCUCUACGACAAUGUACUUCCAAUUCUCCACAAAUUAUCCAAGGACUUCCAGAGUCAACCAUAAAUCUCCAACUGCUUGGUGGAGAUGAUCCUACACUUAAAACUCUGGGAAUUCAUUGGGAUUCACAGAGUGGCAGUAUUGUAUACCCCGUCAACCCCAUAGCCACCAGAGAUGUCAUCACCAUGAGAACGAUAGCAUCAGACGUCGCUCGCAUCUUCGAUCCUCUUGAUUUGCUUAAUCCAGUAAAAACCCACGCAAUAAUCAUUCAACAAGAACUGUGGAGGCUCAAAUUACACUGGGAUGAUUCCACACCAACUGAGGUCCACACGAGACGGACCGAAUUUGCAUCCCAACUUCCGCUUCUCAAUAAAAUAAAAUUCCAGCGACAAGUCACAUCAAGGCUACAAGAAAAAUUGGAAGUAUAUGGCUUGUGUGAUGCAAGUCAAAGUGCCGACGGAGCUUCUAUCUAUCUCAAGACUACUAAAUGCACUGGGCAAUCACACCAUCCCUCGCCUGGAGCUGUGUGCAAUGGAACUCCUCCCAAACCUGUACGACACAGUGAAGAGGUAAACAUCACUCCGCAACGGGAAGUUCUUUGGUCUGGCUCCACUGUCGCUCUGCAUUGGAUUAAAAUUUCUCCUCAUCUCCUCCAACGAUUCGUGGCCAAUAGGGUGUCUCGAAUCCAAGACCUCACUAACAAUGUCGGGUGGAAACAUGUACGCACACACGACAAUCCAGCAGGUGCAGUAUCUAGAGGUGAACUUGCAUCUGAUUUCCUGAAGAAUGAACUAUGGCUACAUGGACCCGCUUGGCGUCGACAGCCUGAAGAACAUUCUCAUCUCCUCAAAACCCUCAAGGAAUUGCCUGAACUGAAGAGGGCCACCUGUCUCCAUAUCACUGAACCAGCAAAAAGUCCUUUUCUACACCAGUACUUAUCAUUCGAAAAACUCCAGCGAAUCACAGCAAGGUGUUUAAGAUGGAAAAAACGAUUUCCCCAUUAUCACCUCACUCUUCAGGAGCUCCAAAAAGCAGAGAUCAGGAUUCUUCAACUGAUUCAACAAGAAGGCUUCCACAUCGAACUCUCACCACUCCAACAAGGCAAACCCCUUCCAAGCAAGACCCGGUUGAAUAAUCUUAAUCCACAACUUGAUGAGACAGGUCUCAUUCGAGUGGGUGGACGAUUACAGAAGGCUUGUGACAUUCCUCUGGAUAGUAAACAUCCCAAAUUAUUGCCCAGGAGUCGCUACAUCACUCAUCUCAUCAUCCAACGGACUCAUUUGCUCAAUCUUCAUGCUGGGGUCCAAACAACAUUACAUCUGCUCAGUCAACGUUAUUGGCCCAUUGGUGGCCGUAAUCAAGUGAGACUCGUCAUUCAUAAGUGUCUGAACUGUGCCAAGGUGAAUCCAACUCCAGUCACUUAUCAGAUGGCGAAUCACCCAAAUCAAACCCUUUACUCACACCGGAUUAGACUAUUGUGGUCCAUUUCUUAUCAAGGACAGACGAUAUCGCAAUACCAAAAGGAUCAAAAUCUGGAUCUGUAUAUUUGUCUGCUUCCCUACACAGGCCGUGCACAUCGAAUUAGUAGCUGA